GGAACUACGCAACACGUCGGUCGUCGUUCAGCCAUAUUUUCGUUGUUGUUUAUCAGCUGAGCAGUGGCGGAGUGAGGGUCGCGGCCACUUCCUCGCCACUCCUGGCUCAUUCCUCCCUCACUGCAGGCGCUCAUUCAGGCAGUUUGCGUAUUACAUGGUGUAGUGGAGACCAGGCAAGAGAACACAGUGACAGCGGGAGUGAGGAUGCGAGAGGGAGUGCCGCUGCUGUAGGUGCUGGCAGGGGAGGCACAAGUGAUGUCUUAGGAAGCUCAGGAGGGGACGGAGACAAACCUGCAGAACAAUCCCUCCAGUGGCUCUGUGUGUGACUACCCUGAGAGCAGCAAGGCACAUAGACACAAGGGGACUGGUGCAUGCUGACAGUGAGACAGGGGAGUGCCAGUGGGUGUGCCAGGAAGCUGUUUUGUCAAGUGCGAGUGAAGGCACCAUGGGGCAGUUGUCAGAAACGCAGCUGCGGCGACUGGAGGAACAUCGGUAUUCGUGCGCCUCCACCUCCCUCAUGGACCCGCUGAUGCAGAAGUGGUGGUGCUGGCUGGUGGAGCAGUGUCCCCUCACCCUGGCCCCAAACCUCAUCACCAUCACGGGCCUCAUCAUCAACAUCAUCACCUCACUGGUCCUAUGCUACUACAGCCCGGAUGCCAAGCAGGAGGUGCCACGAUGGGCCUGCUUCAUGUGUGCCUUCGGACUCUUUGUGUACCAGAGUCUUGACGCCAUCGACGGCAAGCAGGCGCGGCGCACAGGCACGUCCUCCCCCCUGGGUGAGCUGUUUGACCACGGCUGUGACUCUCUCUCCACUGUGUUUGUGUCGCUGGGUGUGUGCUGCUCGGUGCGGCUCGGGACACUCCCCUACUGGAUGUUCUUCCAGUGCAUGAUGGCGGUGACUCUGUUCUACUGUGCACACUGGCAAACCUAUGUGUCAGGCACUUUGCGGUUUGGGAUGGUGGACGUGACAGAGGCUCAGUUCGGAGUGAUGGCCAUCCACCUCAUAUCCGUCAUCUUUGGCUCUGAUUUCUGGUCCUUGGAGGUCCCUGUGCUGUGGCGACCCCUCAAGUGUGUCCCCACCAUGAUUGGGGUUGUCGCUGCCAUCGUGGCCCUCUAUAACAAUUUUAAGAUAAUUUUGGUAGAGAGGGGUGCUGGCCGCAAUGGGUCAACUGUUGCUCUGCCGUACUUGGAGAUAUCAGUUCAGUACGUAUUAGUGUGGGGGAUCCUGGUGUUCCAGCUGAUCUUGGGGUACCUCUACAUGUGUGAUGUUCCCUACUCGGGUGCAGGCAAGAAUGGCUCCACUGUUGCUGGUACCAGUGUGUUGUCUCCUGUUGUGCCACUCAUCUACAUCCUAGCACCAGCUGUCCUCAUCGCCUGGAAGAGUCCUGAGAACCUGUACCUGCAGAACCCCAUUGUUUACUUGCUCACCUUUGGCUGUGUGUCUGCUCGUGUCACUAACAGACUGGUGGUGGCUCACAUGACCAAGAGUGAGAUGGCGUACAGCGACGCCUCACUGCUGGGUCCCGGUGCACUCUUCCUCAACCAGUACUUCAACUGCCCUAUCCCUGAGAGGACCUUACUUUAUGUUGUGUGUGUGUAUGUGAUGUAUGACGUGGUGAAGUACUGCCGGCAGGUGUGUCUAGAGAUCUGCCAGCACCUCAAGAUCAUGCUGUUCACCAUCGUGCCGCGGUGUCCACCCGCCUCAGGACACGGCUCAGAAAAGAAUGGCAGCAGUUCCACCACGAAGUACAUGACUCGCAGCAUAAGUAAAGCAAAAAGCCAUUAAGAUUUUGUGAGAGAUUAUAUAAAUACUAUAUAUAUAAAUGAAAAGCACUGCUACAUUACAGAGUAUUUGGGUUAACCUGUUGCAUAGGGUGAUUGUGUUUUAUGAUGUGUUGAAUUGCUGCCUGGCUAGCAAGGUUAUGACUGGUGUGUGGUGGUGCUUCCCUGCUGUGGCCAAGGCUGCAUUGGGGACAGGGCCACCAGAUCCAACUGUAGUAUUAGUCUGGUUACUUACAAGAGCACUUUAUCCAAUAUUUACUAAUUGAGUGACCAUUCCAAAUGUUUUCCAAAAUUUUGUGUGUUUUGGAGAGUUGAAAUUUACAGUUUGAGUUGCAGCUUCAAUUUUACUCUUCUAGGUUUCCCAAUUCCUUGUUUUCUUUUGGGCCAGUUUGCAUAGUUGUGAAAAUUCUUGAGUUUAUUAGUUUGCUGAACACUGUGGAUGUGAGGAAGAUGGUGGCGGUGGUGGUGUGGUGGUGGUGGUGGUGGUGGUGGUGGUGGUGGUGGUGGCAGAGUCAGUACUACAACCCCUUAGCAUUACCAGACUACUACUUGCCUUAGAGUUGUAGCCAUCACAGUCACCUCCUUGAUUCAGAGCACAUCCCUAAUCCUCUCAUGAUGUAGGAAGUAGAAGUAGCCAUCAGGACCCUCGCAUUAAGUUUACACCCCUUGCAGAUACACACACAUGCACACACACACACACACAAACACACACGAUUCUUGUGCUAUAUUUAUUAACUUUAUUUGAACAAAGGGUUCCAACCUCAUUUAUUCUGGAUAUCAGUCUUGUCAUUAGUCCUUAUUGUAUUUUAUUAUCAUCAUCAUCAUGACCAUUAGUGUUGUUAUCACUAUUCUGUAGGAGAGCUUUAUAUUUUAAGUGAGAGAGACUUUAUUAUUGUGAAGAACAUGCUUACUUUCUCUGUGCCUUCUGGCCUGGAGUGUACAGGGUGGGAGAAAGUGGUAGUGGUGGCUAGCAUGUGUUGGGACUGCCAGAAGGGGUUGCUGGUGGUAGGGUUGAUAAAAGUGUUUGUGUUGCGUGUGGGGGUUGCAGUGCUAGUUUGUGUUUGAGGCUUGGGGAGUGUUGCGUUGUAUGUGGAGGUUGCGAGAGUAUUAGCCAGUGUGAUUGUGUUACCAUGCAUCCCAGCUCACAGGGUGAUAGAUUACAUAAAGUGGUUUCAUAAGUUGUAACCUUCAGAACUUGACACUGUUAAUUUUUCAGUGUAUUAGGAAAACCAGCCAAGGGAAAAAGACUAAAAGAACCCACUCGAACUGUUCCCAAAAAAGAAACAAUGAGAAGAUCUAAGAGAAAGAAAGACCAAUUUGCUUUUUUUUUUUUAUUGUCUUAAUACAAAUCUCGUGAAGCAGCAUUUUACUUUUGGCACAUAAGGCAUUCCUGUUUGAGCCUUGUAUCAUGUUCAAAAUGUCAUGUUGGGAGCUGGGGUAUAUUGUAACAGGUAAGAGCAUUGGCUGGUGGGGGGAGGGGCAGGAAGAGAGUGCAGUGAUUUGGGAGAAGUAUAGUAUUUUGUGUGUGAAUGUAAUGGUGGUUUGGAGAAGGUUAGCUGGGAAGGUGUUAAGGAUACAGUGAAGUGUGGUCGUCAUACUCUCUGGGUGCUCUCUUGGUUCACCUUCUGCUUAGCAUUUUAGCUUUAUCUCUGUGGCUUGACACAAAUCUUCAGUGUGUGAAAUGAGACACCAAGCUGGGAACCUCACCCAUGACAGGUUGCUGACUGACUCCCUCUUUGCUCAGGUGUGGAAGGUGUGGAUACCUGACUUGCUUCCUUUUAUCUGCUGUUAUAAUCAUUCUUAGUUUAUUUUUGUUCAUGAUGAAGAUUGAGUUUUGAAGUGUUAGCUCUAGAAGAAAAGAGUUUUUGUCAUGAGAAAAGUGAAGUAAAAAAUAAUGAUGAUGGAAGAAGUUAAUACUCAGUUAGUCUUCCAACUGUACCUUUGUAUAAGAAUGUUAUGUUUGAAUAGCCAAUGCAUUUUGGAUACAAAAAUCUGUUUAGGCACAGGGAGGUGAGAAGGUGGUGGUGCAGCAGAGGUGUGGCUUGGUGUGGCCAGCAGGCUCCUUCAGUGCCACAGGGAGCCACUCAUGUGUUCUCCUAGUGUUGGUUGUAGGUCAUAAGAUAUUGAUAUUCCUGCACUUCCUGGUUUUCUACACAACAUUAGGUUUUGGUGGUAAAUGUCCUCAUCAGGGUCUUGGUCUUUUAUUUCUCUAGUAUUUUGUUAUCAUAUCAUGGUCCAAAUUACUUUUAUUGUUCAGUUGAUAAAGAUGUUCAUCAUUUGAACAGUUGUCAGUGAAAUUAGUUCAUAUGAAUCAGGAUGUACAGUGUUGUUGAAACUUUUGUCUACUUGCUUCCUUCUCUGAAAGUUUUGUCUUGGUUACUGUGGUUGUGUUUGCAAGUAGCUUUUCUUCAUAUAUAUAUAUAUAUAUAUAUAUAUAUAUAUAUAUAUAUAUAUAUAUAUAUAUAUAUAUAUAUAUAUAUAUAUAUAUAUAUAUAUAUAUAUAUAUAUAUAUAUAUAUAUAUAUAUAUAUAUAUAUAUAUAUAUAUAACUCCCUGUGAUAGGCCAGUAGGCUGUCUUCACCCCACAGAUCCCUUCCUGUCUGUGUCCUGGUUGACGUUAUAUGAUUGGAAACAAAGACAUAGAUUUCAUAUGAAAUUUUUCCAUGAAUGUUUAUGUUACAACAUACAAAUGUGCAUUUUGAUGAGAACAUGAUACAUUUCAAACUGAAGACAUGCCUCUCAAUAAGUGUGUGUAUCUUAUUGGAACAGUGAGGCUGCACGUCACACUGGAGACACUCUUUGUGCCGGUGUUAGUGCAUCCAUCCACGUCAGGCUCAGACUCCCGUGUCACAGUCAUGAUGUAAAUCUCUUCAGUUUUGUUGUACCUUUCUAAGUGAAGACUUGUUAUACAUUUGUAGCAACCAUGGCAUUUUGUAGAAGUCACUUGCAGUCAGCAUUUGUUUAUCCUAUUUAUCCAGUGUUACUAAGUUAUGUUACUUCUGUGCAUUACUAGUGAGUUAUGUUGUUAUUCCCUUGAUGCAUCGAUGCCAAGCUGUCAAUGAACAAAGCAAUAGAACUCUUCCUCUGAGAACACAGGAAUACACCGUCAUGUAUACACUUGCUGUUCACUGUUUUAAUAUUCUUAUUCUUAACAAACUCAUUUUAUUUACAAUUGUCAUCUUGGAUAAUUUUUACCUUGAUCUUCGUAGGAUGAGAAUAAAACUGUUAUUUACUUAGAUUAUUCAUAUUAAUUUGCCAAGAAAUGAAGAAGCAUGUAAUGUAAUGCUAAUUGUUUUACAGUAGUGUGGAGUCAUUGUUUGCUGUGUAAUGAACAAUAAUUGGGGAAACAAUAGAAAACAUGUAGAAUUACUCAAGCAAGCUGCAAUUCUGUACUCAGCACCAAACAGAGAAGAGGAGGUAACACACACACACACACACACACACACACACACACACACACACAGGAGACUUAGCAAGCUUGACAAAACCCUGUAAACACACACACACACACACUAUGGUACUGUUGCAUGCAGAGUUUGUGCUGUGUAAGGUAAAUAAGACAAAGAAGCAAAAUGCGUGUAGCUGGAAUUAACAUGAAAGUCAGACACUCCUGUAAGGCGAAGGUGGCCUGGUUGGGCUGGCUGAUGAGUACUUUAAUUCUCAGCUGUCAUCACUCUCAUCUUUUUUUUUUUUUUUUUUUUUUUUGUAGCUGAGACAAAAUUAUUAAUUGUAAAUACACACGUCAUUGUAAACACUUCCCCCACUCCCCCAUAUAUAUAUUUUUCCAGUGACCAGAUAUGUUGUGAAGCAAAUAUAUCGUGAUAACAGAUAA